AUGGAAGUCGACACUGGCUCUUAUAUAACAGUGAUCUCUAACAAAGACAAAAGAAAAUAUUUUCCAAACGAAGCAAUGCGAGAGAACUUACAAUUAACUAGCUACGGCAAUAUUCAAUUGAAACCGCUUGGCAUCUUAACUGUAAACGUCGACUUUAACGGUAGAUCAGAAAAGGUGGAUAUGUAUAUUAUGGAAGACUUUAGUAAGGUUUUAGACUUUACUACAAAAAAUAUACAGAGACAGAAGGCAGAAAAAUUUCCCAUAUUGGUCUCUGAUACACAGGGUACCUUUUAUGGGAGAAAGAUUAGUCUAGUCUUCAAGGAAAAUGUCAAACCGAUUCAAUUGAAGCCGUAUCACGCGCCUUUCGCAUUGCUACCAAAAAUCUCAGCAGAAAUAGACAGAUUGGUAGAAGCUGUUAAACGCUACUCUAUGCCGCUCAAGGAAAAAAUUUUUUACACACUCAGAGUGGGUACUAAAUGGUCACAAAUAGACCUUAAACACGCCUUCAUACAAUUUGAAGUAGAUGAACAAUCUAGGGAGGCGUUAACUAUUAUUACGCACAAGGGAUUGUUGCGCUAUAGAAAACUUGACGGGGCGAAACAUGUAAAACCGUUGUACAAAGCUCUAAAAGAGAAAAAAUUUGCCUGGACAGACGAAUGCCAGAUGGGGUUUGAUUGGAUCAAAAAAGAAAUUACUUCAGAAAAGAUACUAGUACUUUAUAAUUCUAAAGUGAAACUAGUCCUGGCGUGCGAUGCUAGCUUUCGCAGUUUGUCAGCAGUACUGUCGCACAGGUAUAAUGACAGCACUGAGAAACCCAUAGCUUCCACGUCUAAAAUUACACCCAAAAGUGAACUUCAUUGGUCUCAAGAUUACUGGUGGAAGACAGAACAAAAGUAUUCGAAUCUGAGUAUAGUAGCCUAA